AUGGCUCCAAUUGUACCAGGCCCAAGUAGCGGAAAAGAACCAGCUGCAAAAAAAACCAGACAAGAUACCGUUGCAGCGACAAAGAAGGUUUUGGAAGGAGUACGAGCCGAUCCGGUCAAGCGAGAAAACGACCUCGAGGACACACUAGAUCUCGUAGUAGCCCCGAAAAAGCCAAUCACUACCGUUAGCUAUAGCUUUGAUUCUCUACCUUUUAGAGACUCCGCGGUGUUCACAACGGACCCCGAGUCAGAAGAUGAUGAUUUGGUACUAGACGAUGGUUUCUGGAAGCUAGGCCCAAAAAGCCCCGAGGCAGCUUCGAAGACACCAUUCUCGAAUAUAAUUACCCCCCCUAGCGCCCUCGAGUUUCAACUUGAAAACCUUAGUGUUCUUAAAAGGAAUCAACAAGUCCUAUGCAAAAAUAUGCAGACUCUCCUCGCGAUGGGGAAGUGCAUACCGCCAAAAUAUGAUGAAGAAACGAGCUUAAGGCCGCUUAGGCCGGAAGAUGAACAGUGGCGUGUAGCUUAUGAAGCUGCUUUGGGUAAAACGGUUGACGCAGUUAUGGCGACUCAACGAGCGGUUGAUUUCGAUGAGGAAAUAAUAGAGAUUAUGCGAUCUGGGAAUACGGGCGAUUAA